GGGAACCGGACUGUCAAUCUUUCGGGAUAGCCAUACUCAGCCGCUUAAACCGCUGUAGAAGGGUGGUCUUUUAGCUGAACCCCACCUCAGUCGUACAACAAGAUGGAGCACUCAGAUGAAGAACCUCCCAAGAAACGGACUUUGAGAACUUUGUUUCGUCCAACUGUUUUACCUUCGUCAGUCACAACUGAUCUGUCACCAUCACAGAAAAAACUGUUGACAUACCGAAGAAGCCAUGAGCAGCAAGAGAUGAUUGAUCAGAUACUAAUUGAUCGAGCUCUUAAAGUCUAUGACAAAACCGUGGAAGAAACAUCCCACAGAGAUCCUGAACCUCCUAUUCCAGAACUGCCUUCCAUUGUGAACAGUGAGGAAGACCAACGAAGAGCAGAUUACCUCUACAUGAAGCAACGUGUGCAGAGCAAUCCGGUGGUUCCCAUCCAGCAGCAGUGGCUCAGGUCCAUGCUCGCCCUGGUGCCGCGGUCGCUUAUGGAGGGCAAAGAUAGAGAGCUGCUCACUCAAGAGCUCUUAGGGGAGAUAGUAAGGGAUUAUGAAAAGAGCAUGAAAAGAUGUGUGUUGCGAAGAGCUCUUAUUAAACCAGAUGUAGAAGGACUUGAAGAGGAAGAGGAGGCACCUUUGCCUUUGUUACCCCUAGGCCUGGAUUUUUCUAGUUCAUGGCAUAAGAGCUUUAUCAAAGCAAAAAAUCAAAUCAGUUCCACCUUGCACACUGUCCACCCCACAAUGAAAACUCUACUGGAUUUUGGUUAUGCAGCAUUCUCUUCCUUCCUUGUAGUGGAUUUCUCUAGUUCCAGAUCAAAAGGACCAACUGACUAUAGAUCUUUUAGAACUGAUGCAUCUCUGAGCUGUUCAAAAGCAGAAGAAGACAUAAUGAGUACAUGGUAUCAAAGAGUUGUCAACCUCUUUACUCAGAAGGAGGCCUUGGAUGGUGUAAAGCUGGAUCAGGUUGACUCUUUCUAUAACUGUGUGGCUAUGCUUAUGUCUAAUCAGCUGAAAGAAUUACUGGGAAGAACCACUGAAGCUUUUGUGAAACUUUUUGAUCCUGAAGACAGAAGUCAUCUGCCUUUAUUUAAGAUGGACUUGACUCUUGAAGAAAAUAAUAUUGAGUUUUAUCCAAGCUUUAAAGACUUAGAAGAAUCAGUUUUGUUUGUAGUAGAUUGUAUAGGAGAGACUCUCCAGAACGUCCCCACGAUCCGUUCUUGGCUAACGGGGGGCACUGCAACUGUGGCUGCUGAGCUUCCUAACCAUGUCAUACAAUGGGCCACAUCCACUCUGAGAAAAUCCAUCAGAGACAACUUAGAAGGCCCGAAGGAACAUUUUGAAAGCUACGUUGAAAAGUAUGGCUGGCUUGUAGAUGGAACUGCAGAGGCACAGAUAGAAAGAUUUGAAGCAGAACAACACAGUUUUGAUGAAUAUACCACUUUCAUAGAUGAAUUCUUCACCCUCAAGAAGGAAAUCAUGAGUUUGCCAGAGAUGUUUUAUUUCCCUAUGAUCUGUUUGAAUUGUGAGGAUUUAAAGCAAGGUUUGGCUAAUCGUGCAAACAGCUUUGCAAAAAUGCUAAUGGACAAAAUUGUUGCAAAUUACAGAGAGGAAAAUGAAAAGAUAUGCAGGGAAUUUGAAACCAUUAAGGAACGUGCAUUAAAAGUUCCUGAGACAACAGAAGAAAUGGUGGAAACAAUAGAUUACAUAAAACAGGCCAAAACCAAAGAUAUUCCAGACCUGGUGCUAAGAAGCAAGGAGUGCUGUCAGCAAAUGAGUUACUUGUUCGAUGUUUUUUUAUUUACUCCUGAGGACAUUGAACUAAUUUCGACAGCUAUAAUAUGGCCGAAGAAGAUGAACCUCAUUUUUAAAGAGCAUGAUGAUCUGAUUGAGCAGUCUAAAAGUGUCAGAGAGCAAGAACUACUACAGAAAUGUGAGAACCUGCGGGAGGAAUUAGACAAGCUGGCAGAUUCUGUGGCAGAAUUAGAAGAAUAUUCAGAACUGGAUUGCAUGCAACAGUAUGUGGCUGAUGUGAGGACAUUACAGAAAACCAUACAGGACACUGAAGAAACAGUAGCUCUUAUUAACAAUGAAGAGAUUCUGCUUGGAUGGAAACCGAGUGACUUCCCAGUCCUCAACAACAUAAAAGCUGAGAUAGAGCCAUAUCAGAAACUCUUUAAUCUUAUACUGAAAUGGCAGCGAACAGAAAAAAGAUGGAUGGACGGUACCUUUUUGGAACUAAAUGGGGAAAGUAUGGAGGCUGAGCUGGAUGAGUUUUAUAGAGAGCUAUAUAAGGCGACAAAACUCUUCCAACAAAGGAAGAAAAUGCCACAGGACAGGAAAAAGGCACCACGACCCAAAGAAGAAGUGAAGACAGUAAAAGCAAUAAAGGCUAAUACAACUCUUACAAUGUGUUCCUCAGUUCUAGAGCAGGUUAAAGACUUUAAGGAGAAUAUUCCCACUGUGUCUGUCUUUUGUAACCCUGGCAUGAGGGAUCGUCAUUGGGAACGGAUGUCAAAUAUAGUAGGAUAUGAUUUAACCCCAGAUGCUGGAACUACCCUGAGAAAAAUUUUAAAGCAGAACCUGGGCCCUUAUUUGGAAGAGUUUACAACUAUAAGUGUGGGUGCAAGCAAGGAAUUUUCCUUGGAGAAAGCAAUGCAUACCAUGAUGGAAGUCUGGGAUUCGAUUUCCUUCAGUACAAACUUGUAUCGUGAGACUGGUAUUCACAUUCUGUCUUCAGUGGAUGAUAUUCAGGCUCUUCUUGAUGAUCAGAUUAUGAAAACUCAGACAAUGAGAGGAUCACCUUUCAUUAAACCAUUUGACAAAGAAAUUAAGGAAUGGGAAAGUCGCUUGAUUCAAAUUCAGGAGAAUAUUGAUGAUUGGCUGAAGGUACAAGCACAAUGGCUUUAUUUGGAACCCAUUUUUUCCUCUGAGGAUAUUAUGCAACAGAUGCCAGAAGAGGGGAGACAUUUCCAGACUGUGGAUAGAUUCUGGAGAGAGAUAAUGAAAUUUUGUGCUGAAGACCCAAAGGUUCUUGUUGCUACUUCCUUGCCAGGGUUAUCAGAGAAGCUUCAAACCAGUAAUGAGCUUCUGGACAAAAUCAUGAAAGGGCUUAAUGCUUACCUUGAGAAAAAACGUCUCUUCUUUCCCCGCUUCUUUUUCUUGUCUAAUGAUGAAAUGCUGGAGAUCCUGUCAGAGACUAAGGAUCCUCUCAGAGUUCAACCUCACUUGAAGAAGUGUUUCGAAGGCAUUGCUAAGCUGGAUUUCCUUCGCAAUUUGGAUAUUAAAGGAAUGUGCAGUUCCGAAGGCGAGCGCGUACAACUGAUUUCAAACAUUUCCACUUCUGAAGCUCGAGGUGCAGUGGAGAAGUGGUUAAUUCAAGUAGAAGACAUUAUGCUGAAGACUAUACGUGAUGUCAUUGACAAAUCAAGAAUGGCAUAUCUAGAGACUGAGAGGAAGCGGUGGGUUCUGGAGUGGCCGGGACAAGUCGUGCUGUGUGUGUCUCAGAUGUACUGGACAAGUGGGGUACAUGAAGUUCUUCGCAGUGGAUCUGAGGGUUUAAAGGGUUAUUAUGAUACCCUUCAGCUUCAACUUAAUGAUAUUGUAGAGCUGGUAAGAGGAAAACUGUCAAAGCAAACAAGGACUACACUGGGUGCCUUGGUUACUAUUGAUGUUCAUGCUAGAGAUGUCAUCAAGGAUAUGAUUGAAAGUGGUGUGCAGAGCGAGACAGACUUCCAGUGGCUUGCACAGCUCCGAUACUAUUGGCAGUCUGAGAACGUCCGUGUUUGCAUCAUCAACUGCAACGUCAAAUACGCCUACGAAUACCUGGGAAACUCCCCCCGCCUCGUCAUCACUCCCCUCACUGACAGGUGUUACCGCACCCUGAUUGGAGCCUUUUAUUUAAACCUCGGUGGUGCACCGGAGGGUCCAGCAGGGACAGGUAAAACAGAGACCACCAAAGAUUUGGCUAAAGCCCUUGCUGUUCAGUGUGUUGUCUUCAACUGCUCUGAUGGCCUUGAUUACCUGGCAAUGGGAAAGUUCUUCAAGGGUUUGGCUUCAUCUGGUGCCUGGGCAUGUUUUGAUGAAUUCAAUCGCAUCGAACUUGAAGUCCUGUCUGUGGUGGCCCAGCAGAUCCUGUGCAUCCAGAGAGCCAUCCAGACAAAACAAGAAACAUUUCUCUUUGAAGGAACUGAGCUGAAGCUUAACCCCAACUGUUUCAUAGCUAUUACUAUGAAUCCAGGUUAUGCAGGACGUUCUGAACUUCCAGAUAAUCUGAAGGUCCUUUUCCGAACAGUAGCCAUGAUGGUUCCUAACUAUGCUCUGAUAGCAGAGAUUUCACUCUAUUCGUAUGGAUUUUUGAAUGCUAAAUCCCUGUCAGUGAAGAUAGUGAUGACCUACAGGCUCUGCUCAGAGCAGCUUUCCUCCCAGUACCACUAUGACUAUGGCAUGAGAGCAGUCAAGGCUGUGCUGGUGGCUGCUGGGAAUCUGAAGCUGAAAUUUCCCACAGAAGAUGAAGAUAUAUUGCUUCUUAGAUCCAUUAAAGAUGUGAAUGAGCCUAAAUUUUUGUCCCAUGAUAUACCUCUGUUCAUGGGUAUAACCAGUGAUUUAUUUCCUGGAAUCAAGCUUCCUGAGGCAGACUACAACGAUUUUCUGGAAUGUGCCAACGAAUGUUGCAUUCAACAUAAUGUCCAACCUGUAACAACUUUUAUGCAGAAAAUUAUACAGACAUAUGAAAUGAUGAUUGUUAGACAUGGCUUCAUGCUGGUAGGGGAACCUUUCUCUGGGAAGACCAAAGUUCUCCAUGUGCUGGCAGAUACACUGUCUCUUAUGAAAAAACGUGGUUAUGGUGAAGAAGAAAAAGUAAUUUUUAGAACUAUGAAUCCAAAAUCGAUCACUAUGGGUCAACUUUUUGGGCAGUUUGAUCUGAUAUCCCAUGAGUGGACAGAUGGUGUGGUCGCUACAACCUUCAGGGAGUUCGCCUUGUCUGAGACCCCAGAGCGCAAGUGGGUGAUCUUUGACGGCCCCAUCGACACCCUGUGGAUAGAAAGCAUGAACACGGUGCUGGAUGACAACAAAAAGCUUUGUUUGAUGAGUGGGGAAGUCAUCCAAAUGUCCCCUCAGAUGACUCUUAUUUUUGAAACAAUGGAUCUUUCCCAGGCAUCACCUGCUACUGUCAGUCGUUGUGGCAUGAUUUAUUUGGAACCUUCUCAGCUGGGUUGGGGACCACUUGUUACCUCUUGGCUGAGUAAACUGCCUGAACCUCUGAACUCAAAGGACCAUCAAGAUCUUCUGCAGGGGCUUUUUGACUGGUUGAUUCCACCGGCAUUAAAAGUCCGUCAGAAAAAGUGCAAGGAACUGGUACCUACAAGCAACACCAAUGUUGUAGUAGCUCUCACACGGCUUUUUGAAAUGUUGAUUUGUCCAGCUGUGCAAGAGGACCCCACCAACAAAAACAUCCGUGCCUGGAUCAUGGGUUGCUUUGCUUUUGCCACAGUCUGGUCCAUUGGUGGGAUUUGUGAUGGUGACAGCAGGAUAAUUUUUGAUAAUUUCUUGAGGGACAUUUUGUCUGAGAAAUCUGCAGCAGAUACUGCACCAGCAAGUGUGGGGAAAUGGGAGUGUCCCUUUGAAGAGAAAGGCUUGGUCUAUGACUACGUGUUUGAGCUGAAAGGCCAAGGAAGUUGGGUUCAUUGGAAUGCAUUUAUUGAACAAAUUAGUUCCAGUGAUAAAAAUGUGAAGAUUCAAGAUAUUAUAGUCCCAACUAUGGACACAGUUCGAUAUACUUAUUUGUUAGAGCUCUUCAUUACCCAUGGAAAACCACUGCUCCUGGUGGGACCCACAGGCACCGGGAAGUCUGUGUAUGUCAAGGACAAGUUAAUGAACAACUUGGAAAGGGAGCUCUACUUCCCCUUCUUCAUUAACUUCUCAGCUCGAACCAGUGCCAACCAGACCCAGAACAUUAUCAUGGCCAGGCUGGACAAGAGGCGCAAAGGAGUCUUUGGCCCUCCCAUGGGAAAAAAGUGCAUUAUUUUUGUAGAUGACAUGAACAUGCCUGCUUUGGAGAAGUAUGGGGCACAGCCUCCUAUAGAGCUUUUAAGACAGUUCUCUGACCAUGGAUUUUGGUAUGAUUUAAAGGACACCUCGAAAAUCACCCUUGUGGACAUCCAGUUACUGGCUGCCAUGGGCCCUCCAGGGGGUGGCAGGAACCCCAUCACUCCUCGCUUCCUGCGGCACUUCAACGUUUGCACCAUCAAUUCCUUCAGUGACGAGACGAUGAUCCGCAUCUUCUCCACCGUGGUAGCUCUUUACCUGAGGGCCAACAACUUUCCUUCUGACUUCUCCACAGUCGGGAACCAAAUUGUCACUGCCACUUUAGAGGUGUACAAGAAAGCCAUCAAGAAUCUUUUGCCCACACCAGCCAAAUCUCACUAUACAUUCAACCUGCGGGACUUUGCCCGAGUUAUCCACGGCUGUUUGCUCAUUAAGAAAAACUCCGUGGAAAACAAACUUGUCAUGAUUCGGCUGUUUGUCCAUGAAGUGUUUCGUGUCUUCUAUGACCGCCUGGUGGAAGAUGAUGAUAGAGCCUGGCUGUUCAAUCUAGUGAAAGAUAUUGUGAAAGAACACUUCAAAGAAACAUUUGACUCAGUUUUUGCACACCUGAAGGAAGGAAAGGCGCCUGUAACAGAAGAAAACAUGAGAAGUUUGUGUUUUGGUGAUUAUAUGGUUCCAGAACUUGAGGGAGAUGAAAGACUUUAUAUUGAAGUUCCAAGCAUUCAGGAGUUCAGUGAUGUUGUGGAGCAGUGUCUGGAUGAAUAUAAUCAAACCCAGAAAACAAGGAUGAACCUUGUUGUUUUCAGGUACAUGUUGGAACACCUGUCUCGGAUAAGCCGUGUCCUGAAGCAGCCGGGGGGCAAUGCCUUGCUGGUUGGAAUGGGAGGGAGUGGCCGGCAGUCCUUGACUCGUCUGGCAGCAUUCAUGGCAAGGAUGUGGGUUUUUCAGCCAGAGAUUUCUAAGACCUAUGGUACAAACGAGUGGAGAGAAGAUCUGAAAAGACUUCUGAAGAGUGCAGGUGUAAAAGGCUUGAAAACUGUAUUUCUAAUCACAGAUGCACAAAUUAAAGAAGAAAGCUUUUUAGAAGAUGUUGACAGUGUCCUCAACACUGGGGAGGUACCCAAUCUUUUUGCAGCAGAUGAAAAACAAGAAAUUACAGAGGGUGUUCGUGCAGCAGUUCAGACUGACAGCAAAGGGGAAGAACUCAGUCCCUUGGCCUUGUUUGCAUAUUUUGUGAACUUCUGCAAGGAAAAUCUCCACAUUGUGGUGGCCUUCAGCCCCAUCGGAGACGCCUUCCGCAACCGCCUGAGACAGUUCCCAUCCCUCAUCAACUGCUGUACCAUUGACUGGUUCCAGCCAUGGCCUGAAGAUGCCCUUGAACGUGUGGCCAGUAAGUUCUUAGAAACCCUUGAGCUCACAGAGACCGAGCGCCAGGGAGUUGUGCCCAUCUGUAAAUACUUUCAUACUUCAGUUUUGGCACUCUCUGAAAGGUUCUUGCAAAGUCUGGGACGCCACAAUUAUGUUACUCCUACUUCGUACCUUGAGCUUAUUGCUGCAUUUCAGAGACUUCUUACUGAGAAACGAGAUAGUGUAAUGAAAGCCAAGAAAAAAUAUGUGAAUGGACUAGAGAAACUAGCUUUUGCUGAGUUACAGGUUGCUGAGAUGAGACAAGAACUAGUUCAGCUGCAGCCCAAACUGGAGGAGGCUAAAGUGGAAAAUGCAAACAUGAUGAAGAUUAUAGAAAUAGAAUCUGCAGAAGUAGAAGAAAAAAGAAAAGUUGUAAAAGUAGAUGAAGAAAUUGCUACGGAAAAAGCUGAAGAAGCUCAGGCAUUGAAAAAUGAAUGUGAGAGUGACCUGGCACAGGCAAUACCUGUCCUGGAGGCUGCAAUUGGUGCUCUUGACACUUUGAAGCCUUCUGACAUAGCAGUUGUCAAAACAAUGAAAAAUCCUCCAUCUGGUGUCAAACUUGUCAUGGCUGCUGUCUGUGUCAUCAUGGGAAAGAAACCUGAGAAAAUUGCAAACCCUUCAGGGUCUGGAGGCAAGAUUUUGGAUUACUGGAGUACAAGCCAGAAAAUGCUUGGCAACAUCGGUUUCUUAAGGGAGUUGAAAAGCUGUUCUGAGAGCCCUCUUCCAGAAGCCGUCAUGCAAAAAAUUCGGACUGAAUACUUGACCAACCCAGAAUUUGACCCACAAGUGGUGGCUAAAGCUUCCUCUGCAGCAGAGGGUUUGUGCAAGUGGAUUAAGGGAAUGGAAGUGUAUCACAGGGUGUCAAAGGAGAUUGAACCCAAGAAGGAGCGUCUGAGAGUGGCCGAGGAGUCCCUGGCAGAGACAAUGGCACUCCUGAAUCAGAAGAGGGAAGAACUUGCAGAAGUUGAAGGUCGUUUGGCUGCUUUGGAACAAACCUUCACUGAAAAGACUGAAGAAAAGGCUCGUUUAGAAUUCCAGGUUGAGCUGUGUGCCAAAAAACUGGAACGAGCAGAGAAGUUGAUUGGAGGCCUUGGUGGAGAGAAAACAAGAUGGGAUAAAGCUGCAAAAGAUCUUCAAGAGGAAUAUGAUAAUCUGACAGGUGAUGUUCUGGUAUCAGCUGGUGUAAUAGCAUAUCUGGGAGCUUUUACUGCUGCAUUUCGACAAGAAUGUACCAAAGACUGGAGCAAACUGUGUCAGGAGAAAAAUAUCCCUUGUUCUGAGGAUUUCUCUUUGAGUCAGAAUCUUGGUGACCCAAUAAAAAUCAGAGCCUGGAAUAUUGCUGGUUUGCCAACUGAUGCAUUUUCUGUAGACAAUGGGGUCAUUGUUGACAAUUCAAGACGUUGGCCAUUAAUGAUUGACCCCCAAGGGCAAGCAAAUAAAUGGGUCAAGAAUUUUGAGAAGGAAAAUCGUCUGAACGUUAUCAAGAUCAGCGACACGGAUUACAUGAGAACCGUGGAGAACUGCAUCCAGUUCGGGACUCCACUGCUGCUGGAAAAUGUUGGGGAGGAACUGGACCCAUCCCUUGAGCCUCUGCUGCUUAAACAGACCUUCAAACAAGGAGGCAUGGAGUGUAUCAGGCUUGGUGAGUCCGUUAUUGAAUAUUCCAGUGAUUUCAAGUUUUUUAUUACCACAAAACUAAGAAAUCCUCAUUAUAUGCCUGAAAUUGCUACAAAAGUUUUAUUACUAAAUUUUAUGAUAACACCAGAGGGACUUGAAGACCAAUUGCUGGGUAUUGUCGUAGCAGAGGAGAGGCCAGAUUUAGAAGAGGAAAGAAAUGCUCUCAUUGUUCAGUCUGCAGCCAAUAAAAAGAGUCUAAAAGAAAUUGAGAAGAAAAUUUUAGAAACUCUACAUUCAUCUGAAGGGGAUAUUCUGGAAGAUGAAACUGCCAUCCAGGUCUUGGAUUCUGCUAAAGUAAUGUCUAAUGAGAUCACAAAAAAACAGCAGGUCGCAGAGAAAACGGAGCAGAAGAUCGCGGAGUCGCGCGAGGCCUAUCGGCCCGUGGCUCAGCACUCGGCUGUGCUGUUCUUCAGCAUCGCUGACCUGGCCAACAUCGACCCCAUGUACCAGUACUCCCUCAGCUGGUUUGUCAACCUCUUCAUCCACUCCAUUCAUGACAGCAAUAAAUCCAAAAUACUGAAGAAGCGACUUCAGUACCUGAAUGACCACUUCACCUACAAUCUGUACUGCCAAGUGUGCCGCUCCCUGUUUGAGACCGAUAAGCUGCUCUUCUCCUUUCUGCUCUGCUGCAACCUGCUCAUGGCUAAUAAUGAAAUAGAACGUUAAGAGUUCAUGUUCUU